AUGUAUCCGACAAGUGCGUUUAGUCAACCUCCGCUAGGUUAUCCCUACCCUGGCCAACAACAACCACCAGGCUCAAUUUAUCAAUCUCAAUAUGGGGGCGUAGGCGGUUUUAAUCACCAAGUGCCACCACCUUUUCAACCAGGCUCGCAGCCACGCGGCCAAUCGUUGCCAGCAUCUGGCAGACAAUAUGCACCCACUGGCAAUUUUGCCCCACCACCUACAUCAACGUCAUCAUCUCGUCGUCAUCAACAUGGUCCAUAUCCUCCGCCAGCUCCAUCUCAACAUUAUGAAUAUCGCAGUACCCAAGGAUCGAAAAGUAAAAAGCAUCACAAACGACGAAGUGUUUCACCAAGUGCCGUUGAACAAGGUCUAUACUCAGAUCAAGAACAACCGCGAAAAGAACGAACGGAACCAGCGGAAGCACCACAAAAUCGUAGUCGUAGUGCAUCACCUGCACUAGCAAGCCGUUCGAAACAUGAAGGAACAACUGAUAAUAGUCAACCACAGCAGCAGCAGCAGCAGCAGCAACAACAAUCAGCACAAAAUUCAGCACAGCAAUCUCAAGGUGCUGAAGGUGCUCCCAAUGAACCAAUACCAGCAGGCGUAGCCCGAUCAGAAGAAGAACAGGCCGUGGGAGAUCCUGAAAAACGUAGAUCGUCGUCAAAGAAAAAAAGGCAUCAUCGCCGUGAUCGUUAUGAAAAUUAUUGUGCUCCACCACCGCCAGAUGCUGCGCAUGAUCUCAGUCCAAAUAAUCUCUUUCAUCCACAACCACAGUCAGCAUAUUUCGGAGAGUACCAAAACGAAUUACCUCCACAACUAAAGGUUCAUCGUCAACCAUUGUACAAUGGUUACAAUCAAGCUUAUGAAGAAUCAAUUCGUCGUGGUGACGUUUAUCGAAAACAAGCCAAACGUUCUACACGUUUACCACCGGAAGUGAAACAACAGCUACUGCCUCAUGAAGAUGAUCAACAAAAUCAUUCGUUACCCAUAACUCAGCCACCACCCACACAACAACAAUAUCCGUAUGGUCCUGCUUCAGGUUAUCCACCAGCGCCACCUCCACAACAGCCGCCUGCAUCUGGACCACCUUCCUUACAACCCUUCGGUACUACUCGUACAACGUAUAAUCCCUAUCAACCCUAUGCUCCUCCACAUGCGCAAACGAGUUACUAUAGUACUAUGCCAGCAUCUCUACCAUACAACACUCUACCACCAUGGUCCAACGUUAGUCCCAUUAGUGGACCAGCUGAACAAGAAAUUCAACGUCUACGUAGUCACAUUCAUACAUUAGAAGGUGAAUUACAUAAGUUACAACGAAAACUUAAUAAGGCAACAUUAAAUAAUAAUGAAGCAGCUGGAGGACAAGGUGAUCGUAGUCAAGAUGAGGGUACGCGUUCGCAUCGACGAUCAAAACGCGAUGGUAUUGGUUCACCAAGACAAACGCCGGUCAUUGUAGAAUUGAAUAAUGCUACGGGUGAAGCUAUUCGGGAUUCUUCAUCGAAAAAACAUCGACAUCGCACACCAAGUAGUACAAGUGCUCAACAAGGACAACAUGGCUCUGCUCAACAAGAUGUAUCAACAGCUCAGCGUACAGUUGACAGUGCUGUAGGCCAAGAAAAAUUAGCGUCCACUACUGCAGGAUCUGAACAGCAGGCGAAUCAACAAGCAGUCGAUGCACGUGAUCGCUCACGUUCGGGCGGUAAUCAAAUACCUGAAGCAGACAAAGCUGUUGCUUCCAAACAACCACGUGAAGAAGCUGCCGCCCAAUUAGCACAUGCAGCUGCUGCUCACGUGAAUAGCCGUCCAGGAGUAGUUGCUGGAGGUCCUGCGCCACCUCCACCACCGCCUGUUCAACAAAAUCCGCGUCCACAAGUACCUAACCCUCAACAACAACCGCCCCAACCGCCCCAGCAGCAACAACAACAGCCACCACCACCGCAACAUCAACAACAACAACAACAAUUUUUGUUCCAACAAGGCGUUAUACAAGGUCCAGGACAACAAAUUCGUGGUCCAGCUCCACGCCUGCCAGGUCCAGGUAACAUUCGUUUUCCAGCAGAUCCAUAUCAACAGCAACAACAACAACAACAACGUAAUUUACCGAAUCCAAAUUAUAAUCAAUCGAAUAACAAUGAAUUAUUUGAUUAUAUGGAUGACGAUGAAGAACGACGUAAACAAGAUGAACAAAGUCGAUCAGCGGAAAAGAUCCUCGAUGCUUUUGAACGUUUCUAUGUUAAUCGAGGUAAAGCAACGACAGUUCCCAUGAAAGUAAAAUAUAUUCCCGAAGACGAUAACAUUGGCACCAAACGCUCGCAUCAUCACUAUCAACAACGAAAUACCAAUAAUAAUAAUCGAUAUCGCUCAACAAGUCGACAAACUCAAAGCAAUAGCUCAUCAGAAUCGGAAUCUGAUUCUGAAUCGAUUUAUUCGCAUUCACCAUCUUCCUCACGUCGUUCGUUAUAUGACAAUCAAAAUCAAAAAACGACGAUCGGCCCGUUUAUAUGA